AUGGGCCUUGGACUACUUGUUCCACCGUCCACUCCUUAUCUUCAGAGUUAUGAUGAGAAACCCUGGCACAUCGAUAUUGCCACCCUCAGCAUGCUGAUGAUUUCCGGCUUGUGCUUCCUCGUUCUAGCUAUCGUUGUGGUAUGCUACGCGUUUAUACUUCGAACAAUUCGUCGAUUCAAAGAGGAAAAUGGGACGCUAAACAACGAAGAAACGCGACGAGUACAUGGCACCACGAAAAAGGGAAGCAGUGACUGUAGCAGCGGCAGCAGGUCUGAGUCAAUGCGAUCGCGAAUGCAGGCCAUGAGUCGACACAAAUACAUCUAUGUUAUCGGAACGGUUCUGAUUGUUGACCUUCUCUUUCUCUGUCCAUAUUCCGGCAUACAACUGGUGGCUUUUCUUCACAUCAAUCACCUCAUCGAAAUUACUCAUAGCAGCACUUUGAUACGAUGGUGGCUUCAGGUGUUCAUCGGAGUUCACUCUGUAUGUCAACCUUUAUGCUACUUUCGAAUGACCGAAUUUCGACGGUUGGCGUGUUGCACUCCGCGAAUGCCAUGGAAUCGUUCACGAAGCUUCUCACAUUAUAACAGAACCUACUGUAAGUUGUAUACCAUCUAA